CCUUGCGAUUCCCGUUCUCUUCUCACUGCUCUUCAAACAUAACCAGUGCUUAUACCGUAAGGUUCCGCCAACUCGUAGCAAACGAUACAAAAUUGCGAUAAGAUACGAAACAGUAAAUAAUUUUAUCAUUUGAUGUAGUGUUUUGCAUUCCACCAACGAUGUUUUCCUGUUUCUUGACCAACAUUAUCGGCAUAUUUGUGGCCUUCUUUGCCGUAAUUAUCGCGUUUUACAAAUGGAGUUUCGGGUAUUGGAAACAGAAAAACGUCCCCUACUUGCCCCCAAAAAUCCCCUUCGGCAACUUGGCCAAUCCCCUAAGACCUGCCGAAAACAUGGGCGUCCAAGUGCAGCACUUCUACGCGCAAAUGCGGGCCAAAAAGUGGAAACACGGCGGUUUGUUCUUUCUGGCAAACCCCACGUACAUGGUCGUUGACUUGGAAUACGUCAAAAAUAUCCUAACGAAAGAUUUCCAACACUUUGUCGACCGUGGGGUUUACUAUAACGAAGACGUUGACCCCAUUGGGGCCCAUUUGUUCGCUUUGGGGGGCACAAAGUGGCGCAAUUUGCGCACGAAACUAACCCCCACUUUCACCUCCGGGAAAAUGAAGAUGAUGUUCCAGACUUUAAUCGAUUGCGAAAGCAACCUCCACAAGAAAAUUCAAGCACAGAAGAACAAACCUAUCGAUAUCAAGGACGUUCUAGGCUGUUUUACCACAGAUAUAAUCGGUUCUUGCGCCUUUGGGCUCGACUGCAACACUUUUGAAGAUGAAGAUUCACCCUUUCGCAAAUACGGGAAGAAAGUCUUCGUUGCCACGCCACUGGAACGGCUCAAAAUCGCGAUUUUUAUGAACUUCCCCAAAGUUGGGCGAUUUUUCAAAAUGCGACAAGUCUCAAAAGACAUUUCCGAUUUUUACUCCAAAGUGGUGAAAGACACGGUCGAGUACCGCGAAAAACACAAUUACAGUCGUAAGGAUUUUAUGCAAUUGUUGAUCGAUUUGAAAAAUGAUGGAAAUGCCUUGACUUUGGACGAAAUUACGGCGCAAAGUUUCAUCUUUUUUUUGGCUGGUUUUGAAACCUCUUCGACCACAAUGACGUUCGCGCUGUACGAACUUGCGAAAAACUCUGAAGUUCAGGAAAAAGUGAGGGAGGAGGUUUUGGCAGUUUUGGGCAAACAUGGCGGGAAAAUCACUUAUGAGGCCAUCCAGGACAUGAAGUACAUGAAUCAAGUGUUGAAUGAAACUCUCCGAAAAUAUCCUCCAGUGCCCUUCAUUACGAGACAAUGCAUCAAAGAGUACAAAAUCCCAGACCAGGAAAUAAUCAUCGAAACGGGCACAAGAGUCAUAAUCCCAAUCCUUGGAAUCCACUACGAUCCCGAGUAUUAUCCCGAUCCCCAAAAAUUUGAUCCUGAGAGGUUUAGUGAGGAAAAUGUCAACAAGCGGCACCAUUAUGCCCAUUUGCCGUUCGGGGAAGGUCCCAGGAUUUGCAUAGGUUUACGAUUUGGUUUGAUGCAGUCAAAAGUUGGGUUAGCGUCACUGCUUAGCAAAUACAGGUUUAAAUUGAACGAAAGGACCAAACAACCAAUGAAAUUUCAAGUAAAAUCGUUCGUUUUGGCAGCUGAGGGAGAAGUUUGGUUGGACGCUGAAUCCUUAUAAAAAAUAAAGAAAAAAAUGCUAUUUGUAGUUUUUAUUUUCUGUGACUGUUUUUGUGUAUUUUUAGUUCUUCUUUAUGAAACUUGGAUGUUUAUUGAAUUAAUUAAAUAAAUGGCCUUAAAUCGUCAA